CACACAUACACACACACACACACACACACACACUACCAAUAAAAACUCCCAGCCAAACAGUAACAUUCUCUUAAAAACCCAAAGACUUCAAAACUUCAAUCAAGAGCGAGCGAAUCACUCUGUCUAGCCCUGUCUAUUUUUACCCUCCAUCUGUCUACUCCCUCUUCUGUCCUGACGCGCAGCCCUCCCUGGUCCCCCUUCCCUCCUCUCCCUCUCUCUCUCCUCUCCCAACCCCCCACUCGCCAGCCCACCCUCUCCCAUCGCGGACCUCACUUCUCUCCCGCAUUCACAAGGAACCGCGUGGCCUCCCUCUCUCUCUCCUCUCAGUGACUCCCGCCUGCCGCUGCCACACCCUCGCUCUGUCAGCCUUAGGGAGUCUUACAAGAAUGUGGGCGUGGCGGGCAACGACGGUGGUGGUGGUGGUGGUGGUGAUGGGCGGGGCAUAUGCAGCGCCACGUAAUCAAGGGCGACAGUUCUUCAAUGGCGCGGUAAACAGUAUAGGUGUUAGCGCCCUCGGGAACACAAACAACAACGGUUACAGCAGCCAAGGUCACGCCAACACCAUUAACUUGGCAAGCAGGAAUGGCAACACUGGAUACGGCACGGGCAGCAACCAGUUUAUUCAGCAAGCAACCAAUGGCAAGACUCAGCAGAUUCAGCAGGUGUCGCCGGAUUACUUCAGCGGAACCAGCCAACAGCUCCUCGCCAACACUGCAGGUUACUACGGCUUUUAUCAGCAGGCUUCUCCAGACUAUGCCAACGACGUCUAUGUACCCACAUGGCAGGGCUCAGGCACAGCAGUGGCCUACGACACCGACUCCUCGCCAGCACUCUCAGCCCUUGCGCUGCUUGGCUUCCUCUACUUCCUCAGCUUGAUCCAGAAUGUUUUGCAGGACAACAGUGGCAGGAGGCGACGCUCAGCUCCUGCACUCCAUCUUGAAGGAGGCAGGAUGGAGGAGCACAAGGAGGUGGAUGAGGGGCACUACAUCACCUCCUAUCUUGAAGAGGAGCCAGUGAUGGGAGAGGACAGGAUGGAUAGGACAGAGGAACAGAAGGAGAAGAUUGACCACAAGGAUGAACCAAGGGCCUUUUCCUUCCUCGAAGAAUUUUUCAUCAGACUCCCUCAGGCCCUUGGAAUGCAGAAGAGGCAAAUGAUUGACCGGCUGGGGUUGGACAAGGAACCUAUGGGCAUUGCAGGCUUCAUCCGUUCCCGAGUGAAGAUGAUUUCCUCCAUCAUGAGCUUCCUGCAAGAUCCGAGCCCUUCUAGAGUCCGACGAGCUGUGCAGGAUACAGACUAUGAGAAAUCAGUGGAAGGGAAGUCAUUUUCAGAGCCUUUCCAGAAUCCUUCCCUACAGUCGUUCAUGGCCCUUAUGACUGAGGUUCUGAAGGAAUACUCCCCUCUCAACUUGUGGUCAGUGGAUGAGAGCCGUGCCUUCUCCCAGAACAGUAGUGACAAGGUGGCUGCAGAGGAGGUGGAUGAGAGGAGAGGUGUGAGGGAGCGUCGUCACAGCCCCUCCUCAAUGAAUGCUUGGUAUAAUGAGCUGGGUGGGAGAAACAAAGAAGCAAGUGGUGGUGUGGGGAGCAUUGCAGCCAAGGCUAUCUCCUUUCUUGGUGGAGGUGAGAUGGCUCAGCAGGCAGCCACACAGGAGGUAGGCCCGGCACUCCUGGAGCUGUCCCGUGGCUUGGGAAGUUCCAGCCCACACUGUCUUCAAAGGGUGCUGUGUCGCCUCACCUCCCAUGCAAGCCAGCUUUCUCUCCUUCCCCGUGUGGCUCUUCACAUGUUCAGCUCCAAUUUAGUGGGUGGAGGUGAGGAUGCUGUGAAGGCUGGGCUGAGGGGAGAAAACUGCACCCAAACCUUUGCUGAGUGUGACACAAAGACCAAGACAGGGAAGACAGGAGUGAACCAGUGAGUGAGGCUGCUCCAGUGACGGGCAGUGUAGUGACGGGGUGCAGUGUAGCAUUGGGGUGUUGUACUGUAAAGGUGCAGUGGUGGAUACAUUCAGGGUUUGUACUUAGUGAAAGGAUGAGGAUUCAGAACUGAGGGAAGUCUAGAAACAGUGGAGGGAAGUGUGAUGCAUUGGUAGACUACUGACUCUAACCUAAUCAGUGGUGAUCCAGACUACCAGUGGUGUGUGAUAGUGAUGGUACAGUGUAGUGUUGUGGACUAACCUGUAGCUCAGUAUUACAGAUCUUUAUGGUGUGAAAAAUUUGAUCUUGAUAUUUGCUACCUAGUGAAAUUUUGGUGAUUAAAAGGUAUUGUUUUUUAGAUUUUAAGCAUUGUUUUCCUACAAAGAUGGUGAAUAUUCCCAGGGACUACAAGUAUGAUAUAAAAGUGAUGUUCAGAAAGUGCUUUGCCUUGGCUAAGAAUGACAGAAAGCAUUACUUAAGAAUAUAGCAUAAGAACAUGUCAAAAUAAGUGAAGCUGGAAGAAGCCAUUAAGCCAACAUGUGGUAAUGACUCUAAGAAUCAUAUUUACUGAUUUCCAAUUCUCAUCCUCCAUAAAUUGAUCUAAUCCCUUAAAACUUGCAGCUAACUUGGCACUAACAACCUGAUUACUUGCUCAAUUCCUUUUAUCUACAAGGCCUUAUGGUUUUAUGCAGCUCCCCUUAUUUCCUUAUGUUCUUAUCUAACUUCCUCCUUCCCUUGUGUUCUGAAACAUGCAAAGUUUCUUACUCAUAAUCAAGGUGAACCACUUUCUAAAUAUUGCCUUCCUCACGUUAUUAUUUAUUUAUCUGCAUUUGCCUCCUGUUCCUCCCUUUGAUGCCUGUGUUGUGUGGUGCUUGCUGGUCGAGUGCCUAGGUUUAGGGAACCUGUGUGAGGGAUGAGUGUCUGGUGUUUGGUGAGGCUGAGCUGCUGAACACUGUGUAAAGGUUGUGUUAGCUUAGACCAGGAGGUGAUGGGGGAGGAGGUAGUGGAGAGGGCUGGCCUUCUGCUACAUAAGAAAGGUGUUUUAUAAGUAUAGGUGAUGUGGCAAUUUUGUAAUGAAUUUUGAUUUAACAAGACUAUUUUUCCCGCUUGUUUAUUUAAUGUUAUGAGUUGUAAACAAGGAUUAUGGAUUAGUGUUACCUAACUUACCAUAUAUAUAAAUAGUUUUCAGACCAAAACUAGUGCAAUUUAACUAUUCAGAUAUCCAAACCACUUUUCUAACUAUUUUUCUAUGAUUUUUUGUACAUAAUCUGUAUUUCAAUGAUGGCUGGAAGUCUCUAUAAUGUAAACCAAUAAUUGCCUACAUUAGUAUAUUGAGUUUUUAUUUUGAUUUGUGUACUGUUUUGCUUCCAUCAUUUUUUAGUGAAGCCUGGGUUGAUUUGACAGUAAAAUCCAUUAGUGUUUCUAUUGAAGUCUUCUGGUUUUGGUAGUAUAAUAGUCUUUUUAUUGAAGCUUUCUUUUGUUUUGACAGGAAAUACCACAAAUUUUCCUAUUGAAGCCUUUUGUUUUGGCUGUAUAACCUGAUAGUCUUUUUCAGUGAAGCUUUGUUAUUGGUGGUAUUGUCUAAUGAAACAGACCUCAAUCAUUCAUUAGCUUCAAGACCCAUCCAUCAUCCAUUCCUCAGUGAUGGACUAAAAGUGUUCUUGCCAAUAUUUGUACUUCUUCCUCAGGUGAACAAACUAACAUUGGUAGGUGGGCAUAGAUGUAUUGUGUAGCAUUACCAAGUGGCAUAUGUGUAGCAUGUAGCUGGUGAUAUGCUGUGGAGAAAGUAGAUAUGUAGUCAUGUAUUUUUGUAGAGAAACUGUAGUGUGUUGUAUUAGUGAUAAGUAUUGUAUGUUAAGUAUUUAUUGAGAGUGUAUGGUUGUGAAAUAAAAUACACAAGAUAA